ACCCAACACCCAGUCCUUCAGCCACAUCUGCUACUUAUGUUCCACAAACAUCCACAGCAACCCUAAUUGCUAAUACCAGUAGUAGUAAUAGUGCUCAGAGCACCAUUUUGACCAACAGCAGUUACUAUACUAGUAGUGGUAACAGUGUUAAUAUUAAUAACAACAAUAGCAAAGUAAAUAACAAAAAUACGACACUUGUCAAGUCACUCUCACUGCAAUCGGUUUCGUCGAUCGGCACUGGCCUAGGUCAUCUGGCCAAUGGUCAAAUGCACUCGGAUAACGAUCUCAGCAGCGUCAAGUCCGAGCCACAUCUCAGCGAUAAAGAUGAUCCGACCCUGAGCGAAGCUAACAACAAUGCCCUACUAACCUCUCCAACUACCAGCACGUCUAGCUCGCAGUCACAGACGCUUGUCUCGUCUGCGGCCACAACCCAAUCAGUCCCGGUUCCAAUCACAAGUGCAAUGCUACAGUCCUACUCUACGGCUGCCCACAUUAACAGCUAUAACACCGCUGCAGGCCUCGCUACUCUUCAAGCUCAGGCACAGUCUUAUGCCGCCCAGGCAGCCGCAGUUGCACAAGCGAAUCAAGCCGCCGCCGCUUCUGCACAAUACACUGCGCACUACACUGACGCAGCCAACCUUGCCAAGGAAGUUGCCCAGAAAAACUACGCCAAUGCACUCAAAAUGGCUGCCGCUUCGAAUGCCCUAACCGGCAAACCACUUACCGCCCUCAGCUAUACCGGGGUUGCUUUGAACAAAACUGGCGUCCUCCCUCAGACGCCGUCGUACGCAGCUGCAGCCGCUGUGGCUUCACCAGCCGCCGCUCCCUCUUAUCCACCGCCUCGCAUUAGCACUCCUGCGGUAGCCAUGGCCGCUGCCACUCCUCAACAGACAAUGCUUCCGGCCAUCACGCGUCCACCGCCGCCCAUUUUGCCACAAGCAGCCUUCGCGCAAAUGUUACGUCCUCAAAUGCCGGCCAACUUUCAAAACCCGUACGCAGCUGCCUUCGCUGCCCAGCACCAGCUGUUCAACCCAAGCCUAAUGUACCCGUCCUUCCCGGCCGGUGGCUACCAAUUCACCGCCCCCAUGCAUGCUGCUAUGCCCGCGACUAACCUAACGGCGAUACCCCAAGUCCAGCAGGUACCAACCCCUGGCGCAACCCCCGGCAGUGCAGUCGUACUUAACCCCUACAAGAAGAUGAAGACUUCAUAAGUGCAAUCCGCCGCUGCAGCCCACAAGCACCCAGCAUUCAGUCACUCAAAUUGCCAUGCGUAGAACAGCACCAACAUCUGCACCUUCCCGAAAACACACUCACACACUAACACAUCCAUCUCGCACUAAUCGUUGCCAUGGUUCAGCGAACAAUUCAGCGCAAUCGUUGCUGUGAGCUGACGAAAAUUGAUUAAAACAAUAAGAAAUUGAAGAUGAUGAUAGUGCCUGAAACACACACACUGAACAUUAGGAAAGAAAAACACACAAAGAAGUUCACCAAGAAAAUUGAAAACCUAAAUAGGAAGAGUAACACCAUUUUAUCGGAAUAUAACGAAAGCAUAAUAUAUAUUUUUCUCGACGAUAACAUCGUUUGAUAAAGGAUAGCAAGUAAGAGUAACAUACAAACAUUUGAAAACACUUGAUAACAUUGAGUGAUCUUGUCACUACGGUUAAGCAAACUAAGAAUAGCAUCAGUUUUUUAUCUUUAAAAUAGUCUAAUAAGUUAGUUAAUGAUAAGUGCAAUUCUUUUUUUUUUCUCUUGUGAAAAAACAACUCACAAAAGGUUCCCCGAUGAACCCUAAAAAUUGUACAGUUUUGUUUUCCGUUUUUUUUUCACUUAUUUUUUCGUUGUUAAUACGCGAUUAUCGGUUACGUUACAUUUAUACGGGUAGUUUUGUUUUCGGUUUCGAAAUUCUCGGGGCGGUAUGAAAGCGAGAUGAAUAAUAAGAGAAACUCUUGCGUAUAAGAUUGAAAAAUCAAAACAAUGGAACUGUGAUAGCUUCACAAAACAUACAAACACACAUGGAAGUGCAUCAGGGUGCAUGCGCGAGUCACGCACCCGCACUCACACACGCGCAUGCUGCAAUUCAAUCGCUUCAAAUCGCACACGCACACAUUCACGCGGAAGUCAUGAACACGGGAUGAGGUUUGCGAACUUUGGUUUGGUUGAUUAGUGUAUUGAUUCUUUUUUCGUUCCCGACAAUGAGCAUAGUAAUGAAAAUCAAAUUUUGAACUAGUAGUCAUGUUAGUGAAACUGUUUUAGACGUUUUAAAAACAAACCUAGAAGUGCAUUUCAUAUUUUUUUUUUAGUUUUGUUUUCUUUAUACUGAUAGGAAUAUAGAAGCAGCAACACUCCUGAAGUGUUUAUGUAAAUAUUUGAUAGGAUUAAAUGAAAACAUUGUUGUGAUAAGUUUUUCAUUUAACUAGAUUUGUUCCUUAAAAUUAUUUACUUGCUACUUUUGUAAACAGUUAUUUAUACACUAAGAUAUAGUAAGAUGUAAGAUUUCAGCAAAAAUUUUACCAAUAAAACAGACGAAUAAUAAUCAAAAGGUUGUGUAAAACAUGAAGAUGCUGUCGGAUUUGCUGUAGGUUGAUAAAUAUUAGGGAUGAAGUUGACGGUUUUCAAGCAGACACGUUUUAAGCCUCUUUGUGGUAGUUUGACUUACAGCACAUCAGAACAAGUUUCAGAACUAUGAAUAUUAACACUAUUACCGCUACUAUUAUAACUGCAACUGCAACUACUUAAUGAAUGGUGAACGAAUAACUCUCAUAAACGAAACCAAGAUUACUUACGAAAAAAUAUUGUUCAAUCAUGCAAAAUAUUUCACAAAACUGAGCAACGCUAUUACUACUACUACUACUACUAUUACUGCUACAAUUACUACUACGAUUACUAUUGCUACUACAGCUAUUGAUACCGAACAAAAAAAAUGUAUUGACAAUGUGUUACCUAUAAUGUGGGGAAAAUGCUGUAUGGCUAGAGAUAUGACCGCUUGAGACAUGAAAUAAAAGUGACUAAAAUAGUUAUCCUCUCACCAGUAAUCAAAAACCACCCAAAAUACACGCUCUUCAAUGCUUAUAUUUACGUAUAAUUGUACAUGUAUGAUGAACGAAAACAAAUUAAUGUUUUUGCACGUAAUCAUUACACAUACUAUGCCUACUUGGUUAUGCGGUUUGCAAAAAAAAAAUCUAAUUUUCAGUCGUAGUUUUCAACAUUCAAUAGAAUUUAGCCCUAGUACCCAUUGCUAAAAGUAUUCUUGGUAGAACCGUAUCUACACAUUAGUGAGCUAGAGAAAAAAAAAGAGACGAUAACUAGAACAAUCAUUGAGAGUAAAAACAAAAUCAACUAUUUGCAUUGAUAAUGGUCAUUAGAAAGAUAAAAAGCAAACCAGUAGACAAUUAUACUCCUCCCCACGAUUUGUAAAUUAUUGAUAGGUCGAAGGUAAACUGCAUGGAAUUGUAGGUUUUGGAAGAAGGUGAAACAUGCUUAAACACACACGGGAAAACAGCCUCUGAUCAACUGUAGAGUGGUAGUGGAUUGUCGCAAAUCAUCUUGAACAUAAACCAACCCCAAUUUUGAAACAAAAAGUUACAAAAACCGCAAAUGUUUAAUGCUAAGCGUUAGAUUGCUACUACUAAUUCAUUAUACUUAACUUUAGAUUGUCCCACGCAAAUGUGAACAGCGAUAAUUGAAAAAAAAACAAACAGUAAAAAUGCUGAAUAAAUCAUCUAGUGUUUAAGAUUUGUUGCAUUUUUUGUUCAGUUUACAUAAUUUUGUUGUGCUACUUUUUGUGAAGAUUGCCGUACAUUUGUUACUUUAUUGGAUAAUAGUUUUCCUUUUAGUUGUACUUGAUUGUGAUUGAAAACCGCACAUAGCUACAUAUAUGAACCGUAAUUUGAACUUUUCCUUUGUUUAAUCGAUUGAAAUCAAUUACUGAAAGUAACUACGAUUUGCUUAUAUUUGCCGGUAUUUUUACUGUACUCCUUUUAGUUGUGUAGAUCACUUCUUUGGUUUUGCCUAUCAAACACGCCUGGAAUACAACUCGUAGUAUGAUUGUACGCCUGCAAGCUUUUUAUCGCCCCUCACGUUAAAUAUUCCUCACAUCACACAAGCGCCACACCCAUCGCAAUGCUCACCCUCACGCACCUAAGUUAUAAAAAAAACUGCAUUUCCCAAACGAUUAUUAUUUCCAUUAAUAUGAAAAGUUUGUCCAACAACAAUGACCCAUUUUGUUUGCCCGCAAACAGUAAAAGAACAUUUAUUCGCUCACGCUUUUUCUCAAAAACCAACACAUACUAACACCCCAUUCACACGCCACUACUGUGAGUAACGAGGUUCCCGAACUAUGUUGAAUAUAUUUAUCGUGAGGUUGCUUCACAACAAAUCCAUCCGGAUGCCACCCGAACAGCUACUUAUGUUUAUAAUUAUCACAUAAUCUCAACAUGCAACAUUACGCAAAAUGAAUGAGCUUCUAAAAAUAUAUAUAAACGUUUUAUGAAGAAUGGUUUAUGGUUAUCAAACAAAUUUCAACUGCUUUCUUUGUUGAUUAAAUGGGAUUUCUUUUCAUAUAGAGUUGAUGUUUAUGUAUAGAUCGAUUAUUGCUUCCUUUCUUUCAUGUGUAAGUUGAAACUCAUUAGUGGACAGCAAACCAAAAUGUAUCGUUCAAGGUUACGCCAGCAACAUGCCCUAUAUAAUCUCGUUUUUUAAACUCAAGCAAACCCUAUUCGCUACUUUUUUCUAAUUCCUGCUCCAAUGCAACAUAUUAGAUCUUGUUGAUUGACGCAUUCAGACACUAACACAAAACACACGCUCCAAAAUAUCUACUAGAAAACCUCCGUGCACACUUCUAUACCUACUUCUGUUCUGCUGCCGCCUUCCUCCCUGUAAAAGCUGCUUGACAUGUUUCCUAUACUCACAAAAGACUUUACAUUCCGUUUCCCGUCGAUACUGUAGAACAGCUCACACUUAAAUACACACACGCUUCUUCGCUAUUGCCGAUGAUCAAUGCCACACGCACACACAAACACACUCACAAACCGUUUAGCGUUUACCUAUUGGUUUUCCAAAAGCUCCGAUCUGCUGACGACAGUCGAUGAUAUUGUACUGUGCCAUAGUGGUGCGCGCCUGCUGAUACUAUUCUUCCACUUCCACAUAUCUGGAGCAACAUUUGAAAAGGGCAUACAAGCAUUGGUAAACAAUGACUUCACACGUCGCUCCUGAGCCCCCCUCAGCUUAUUCUCAAAAACUAAGACCGUUAUCAGAUAGAGCAAACAUCGAUCUUUCGGAUAACGGUGUUUGUUUGCGUGGGCGGGCUGCUGUUAUGCACUACGGAGCGUUUUAGAAAAAAGACACAAGACCUCUUGGGCCCUUUUCAAAUGUUGCUCCAGAUAUCUAUACAAUAGUCUGUCAUUUCGCUAUCGCUUUUUCUUUUUUUCCGAUACGUCUCUUGUUACUGCCGCCAUACUGAACAACAACAACAGUUUUAUGUUAGGAGUAGGCCGAGGAGUAGGCUUUCUUCCCGAACAGCAAUAGGUACUCUAGUGUAGUAAAUUGUUUUGAAACGCCUUGAAAAAUGACAAUCUCGAACGAACAGAAACGACACUACUACGACACACACGACCAAUAGGCGACCACUAGAAUUACAAUAUUUUGACAGAUUACUGACUCAAGAAAUUCUAUGCUGCUGCAAUAAGUACGGGUUUAGGUUUACGCCAUUAGCCACUAAUGCAGUGAUCUUCUAAAUAGGGUCUUGUACCAUUUGGGCAGGUGUACCUAUUUUGGGCACUUGCCGUUAUAACUAAGUCAAUUUCAAACCGAUUGAUUUGAAAUUUUGUUCAGAGUUAGGCACGUACAGUAUCUAACUCUGUACAAAAAUUCAAAUCAAUCGGUUUGAAAUUGACUUAGUGAUAGCGACAAGUGCCCAAAAUAGGUACACCUGCCCAAAUGGUACAAUACCCUAUGAUUGUAUUAAAUGAGUGCAUUAGAGUUUAUUCACAAAUUACGUAACGCAAAAUUUGCCCCUUCCUUCCCCCAUGUAACAACUUCGUAUGAGGAUUUUUUAAUUUUUGUAUAGAGCGUAACCAGGCCCGUGUACAGAAGUGGCGCAAAGGGAGGGGUUUUCCCAAUUUCGGCAAAAAGCGGCGGGGCGCCUAGUGUAUGAAGCGUCGGCAAUGGGGGGGGUUUAACACUCAAUACCCCUCACCCCCCCCCCCUCCCUUGUGCACGGGCUUGAGUGUAACACCCCUCCCUCUCCACUUAGCGUUACGUAAUAUGCGAACCAACCCUUACAACCAUGAGUAUAGCUUAAACACAGAUCCGACUGUUUGAAAAUGAGUGUCCGUUCGGCCAUUUGGCUGAAUUCCAUCUGGCCGAAUGUCGUUUGGUCGAACACCAUUUGGCUGAAUGCCAUUGGGUUGUUUGACCAACUGCCGUUUGGACGAAUUAUCAUCAGAAAUUUUCUAGCAUUCUAGCUUGCAAUAUAAUGAACAAAAAAAUUUCUUCUAGUUUUACAAACAAGUUGGAUAAGCUGGCGCUGAAACUGACAAUAUUUUAUCAGAGACCUUUUUGCACCUUUUUGCACGAGAAUCAAACUUUAGCUUCCAAAAGUUGGUUAUGUUGUUAAAUACAUGGCAACCAGUAUAUCGAACGAACAAAAUUGAUUAGAAGAUUCAAUUCAUACUUUAUAAAUGGAGUUUGGUAUUUUCUACUUGAAGAAAAAAAUAAGAAAUAGAGCGUAACGGGGCACCAUUUCAAAAAUGACAAAUUUUAACUUAACGUCAAGAAAUUUGUUACUUUCUCGAAACAGUUUUCAAAGUUUCUAGUACUAUUGGAAUAAGUGGGAUAAGUGAUUAUCUUCAUUUGGUCGGCGUUCAGUCAAAGUGGACCACGCGGUUUUUCUGGCAGUUAAAGAUAAGCUUAGGAAUUUGGUAAACCUGAACUUUUCGACGAUAUUUUGAUGCAGAUGUAUCAUUACAUACAAGUACAAUAGUAUUUCUGAAACUAAUGCCAGAGAUUUGAAAUUUCAAGUGCUUGCAGGACAUUUUCUCGAAAUCAUUGAAAAACAGAUGGUCCGGUCUGACUUAACGCCGACCAUUUUUGUGUAAAAAGAAUCAAAAUCGACAGCCCAAGCACUGAAAUCGUUCAGUGAAGUUAAAAAAAACCACGGUGUAAAAGUGUGUGGAAUGUGUCCAGCGAAACUGGAAGCAUUUCCUCACUUUUUGGUUUUUUAUUUUUUAUUAAAUAACGAAGCAAUAUUUUCAAAAUCGGUUUUCGUACACAUGUAGAGUAUGGAUAAAGGUAUCUUAUGAAUUUUUUUGUGGUGGAAAAUAUUUUUCGUUUUUGCAGAAACCAUUUUUGAACAAAAUUUCACAAAAAAUGGUUUCUGCUAAAAUGGAAAACAUUUUCCACCACAAAAAAAAAUCAGAAGAUACCUUUAUCCAUACUCUACAUGUGUACGAAAAUCGAUUUUGAAAAUAUUGCUUCGUUAUUUAAUGAAAAAUCAAAAACCAAAAAAAUGAGGAAAUGCUUCCAGUUUCGCCUUAAGGUUAAGAUAUGACGUGUAGCAUAAAAUGCAAAGUGUUGGUUCGCUUUGAAAAUUUGAUCGAUUGAUCAAUUAGUGGGGACCGAUCGAUCAACUUUUCAGCGCAAACCACAUUCGGUUCUUCAGAUUUGUGCUCUUGAAGUUUUUAAGUGCGGCAUUGUCAUAUCUUCACCUAAUUUCUGGAAAUAGCUGAGCAUCUUUCGCUAGUAACUCAGGUGGCGUUGGUGUAAUGCAACUUAUAUAAACGUUAAAAAAACACAACACGAUCUUCUUUUCGGAGCUAAAUUUUUAACUUUGCGUUCUAUUAUAAUGCAGAAAGUUCGAAACAUUUGCAGUAACUUGCAACCAUAUUGGAAAGUGACUAGAUCGGCAUAGUGCUUAUUGACUUCAAAAUGAAAAAUGACGAAUUGUAAAGAUAUUACUAUUGGAGAACUCUAUGAAUAUCUCGAUUUUAUCCAAGAAAUGUAUGAACGCGACAAACUUCUGUAGAUACAUCUCCAACAUUUUUUUCCUUAUUUAUAAAGGAGCUACUUUGAAAAAAGAAAUUUAAUCAAAUGUUUUUCCAUGAUUUUCACUGAUAUAUUGCAUGUCAUUUAUUAUGAAAAUUUAGUGGAAUUGUUUUCAGAAUUCCAUCCCUUGAUCCAUCUAAUUACACUAGUUUACAGUAUUUUUGAACUCGGUAAGCUAAUGAUCAUUUUUGGUGUAGAAUCAUGCCCUGAGUUCGAAAAUGCGAAGGAAAAAAUACAGUAGAGCGGAUUUUUUUUUUCGACUUUCCAUACAAGGUAGAUGAUGUGAAAUCGAUUUUUGAUCCAUUUUUCGGCAAAGUCGCCCACUUUACACAUCUCAUUCUCCGUAAUCAAUGCUCCGAUUAAGCCGAUUUUUUUACUGUAACUCGCCUACAUAUGAUAUGUUAAAUAAAUGUCGAGAAAGAUUUUUUUAUUUUUUUUUUCUUGUUGGAAAAUAGUUAUUUAUGCAACAAGUUGCAAAAUGAAGAUUUUUUUCAGCACGAGUCGUACAUUUAUCCAACGAGGCUUGCCGAGUUGGAUAAAUACGACCAGUGCUGAAAAAAUCGAGUUUUGCAACGAGUUGCAUACAACAUUUUUUGUCAUUACGAAAAAUGAGGUUUGAAUAGAAUUUUUUCUAGGUUACAUGCGUCUGCAGAAUGAGGUACGACUGAGCAUCAUGGUCAAUCAACCUUAUUUAACAUGCAGUUCAUCUUACUAUUACUUACACACACGAAAAUGGAUGAAAAAUGUAUGUUGGCAAAAGUGCCAAAAAGUACUACUUUUCAGUACAAGUGUCGAAAAGUAGCACUUUUCGGCACUUUUGUUUUAAUGAAAUAAAGUAGGCCAUUUUAGCGCUCUUUUUGACAGCGAAAAGUUGACGUUUUCACAACGUAAUGGCAAAAAAUAAAUUUCUUCAUAUAUUUUUGGAAAUUUUGCUAAAAUUUAAGAAUAUCGACCCUAAAACUCGCCAAUAUCUUGAAUUUCAUCAAUCUGACGCAAAUGAAUUUUAGUAAAUUCCUUAUUUUAAAAAGUUGUAAAACUUGAUAUUGAGCUAAAACUCCAAAACUGUUCUACUUAAAAAAAAUGAAGCACGGUAUCGAAAUCAGCGCUAAAUUGUGCUUCAAAAACUUUGGUCGUUGACAGAAGUUCACGACUUUCGUUUUAUUUUGUAAACUAGAGUUAUUUUUUCAAGCAUUUCAUGUAAAUAUUGGCAAAAUAAAUCCUGCUCAAUGACUCUAGCAUUCUUAUAACAAUACAUUUCUAGGAAAUCGUGGAAACAUUUGCCAGGAUUCAUAAAAAAUGUUGAUGGACAAAUAAAGAAGUGAGCAUUUUUUUUUAUAUUUUGCGCUUUAUGUCAAAUAGUUUGAUGUGGAAAGCCCCUAUGACUUCUGUGAUUUUCUUUCUUGCAUUUUUGCUGCGAAAGUUGACGACUUAAACCAAAUGCGAAUACUAACUACUGAAAUAUCUCACAGCUGGAUUUCAAUUUUAAAAUAUGCCUCUGAACUUACGAUCUAUUCGAAGAAAAAAGAAAAAAAAUAUGUUAGGAACUUUGAACAAUGUUAUAUCGAAUUCACUAUAUCGAGGGUACGUUACAUCGAGGGUACUAUAUAUCGAAGAAUAUUUGUAUUCAUAGACAAAAUAAUCGGGACAGACAAAAUUUUUGAAAAGUGCAUCGUGCAUUCUAAAAUUUUCACUGUAUGUUCAUUAACUAGUUGUGUAUCAGUGGUCCAAAUUUGAAACAAAAAAUCGAGCUAUUCUUCACGAAGUUAGAAAGGUUCUAAAAAAAAGUGUAAUUAUUCUAUAGCCAACUUUGAGCUGUUAUAUAUCCGGAUCCUUCAAAACAAUUGACUUAACUUUAAAACGUUGUAACAGUUUUAUUAAUUUUAUGAUUUUUAUGUCAAUUGGUCUAUUUUUAAUAUGAAUCCCAUCACUUUUUUUCUAUUUAUAUCCAGUUAUUUAGUUACUUUUCUUCAAAACACAUUUAUAUUAAAGUUAAUUAGAGAGAAUUAAAAUGAACUAUAAUUACCAUCUCGAAUUUUGACAUGAUGUUUAAGUUUUUGGUAAUUUGUUGCUAUAUUUGGAAUAUAAAAUAAUCUCUAAAAUUUUCUUCCUUGUUGAGAAUUUUAAGUUAGGUCAAACGUUUUUCGUAGCUCACUAUAUAAGUCAUUAUUGCUCAAAAUUUCAUUGCAUCCGGUUCAUUGAAUCCGGAGAUACAGGGGAUAGACAAAAUGUUCGGGACAGGCAAAAUUUUCACUUCUCAAAAAUUUUUCAAAUAGCUGUAACUUUUCGAAAAGUGCAUCAAAUAUUCUGAAAUUUUUACUGAAAGCUGAUCAACUAGUUGUGUAUGAGUGGACAAAAUUUGGAAAAAAUCGGACUAUCCUGCACGAAGUUAUUAAGAUUCUAGAAAAAGGAAUAAUUAUCCGAUAGCCAACUUUGAGCUAUUAUAUCUCCGUAUUCAAUGAACCGAAUGCAAUGAUAUUUUGAUCAUUUAUGACUUAUAUAAUGAGCUUUGAAAAACUUUUGACUUAACUUAAAAUUCUUAACACGGAAGAAAAUUAUAACGAUUAGAUUAUUUUUCUAAAAAACCAAAUUUUCUUAAUUUUCAACAUCGUUUCAAAAUUUAAGAUGCUAAUAAUAGUUCAUCUAAAUUCCCUUUAAUUGUCUUGAAUACAGAUAUGUUUUGAAUGAAAGUAACAACAUAGUAGGCAAUUCAUUGAAAAAGUAAUGGGAUGCAUAUUAAAAAUAGACCAAGUUACUAAAAAAUCAUAAAAUAAUGAAUUCGCUAUAACUUUUCCUCUUGUUAAUAAUUGCAAGUUGAAUUGAGCGUUUUUCAAAGCUCAUUAUAUAAGUCAUUAAUGGACAAAAUAUCGUUGUAUUCGGUUCAUUGAAUCCGGAGAUAUAACAGCUCAAAGUGGGCUAUCGGAUAAUUAUACCUUUUUCUAAAACGCUUAUUAUUUCGUGCAGAAUAGCCCGAUCUUUUUCAAAUUUUGUCUACUGAUACACAACUAGUUGAUCAACUUACAGUAAAAAUUUGAGAAUUGAUUUUGAUGCACUUUUCGAAAAGUUACAGCUAAUUGGACAUUUUUUGAAAAGUGAAAAUUUUACCUGUCCCGAUCAUGUUGUCUACCCGACCAGAAGCACAUAACAAGAUCAUAACAAAAUUAUGACAUCUAUUGUUAGAAAUAACAAUAGUUUAUAUAAUUCUGUUAUAUGGAUUUUUCCAGGUGAAUAUUCAUAACAAAAUUAUACUAUUAUUUUUAAUAAUUUUAGUAAUUAAAUUAUAACAAAACUUGUUUCAUUUAUUCAAACAGAUGUAAAGCAACAUUUGUUAUAUUAUGCAUUAUAACAUAAUUGCCUCUAACAUAAUUUUGUGACGCGUUUAUUGCCAUCUUUGUUAUGUUUUUUGUAACGAUUUUUUUUUCUCAAAAUUUAUAAGAUUUUUUCUAUUGUCGCGAAGAAGAUUGGUACUUUUUGUUAUUUUGGUCACUCGAGCCAAGAGAUUUAUAGCAAAACUUGUUACAAAAUUGUUUUGAAAUAUAUAACAGAACUUGUUAUAAUUUUGUUAUGAUUUCGGAAGUUCAGUCUUGUUAUGAUUAUAUCUGAACUUGUUAUGUUUUUGUUUUAAUUUGAACGAGUUUUGUUAGAAUUUUUGUUAUUUUAGCUACCUACGGUACACGUUUUAUAACACCCGUUGUUAUAAAAAUCAAUGUAACAAAAUAACACAACCUGUAAUAAUUUUGUUUUUUCCAUCUAGUCGGGUACCCCCUGUAUUUUGAAGUAUCUUGUUGAGAAAAUCCUUGGAAAAAAUGCAAGAGAAUUUUUGUGUAACGAUUACGGAAAAUCCCCAGAAUCUGAUACAUUUUUUAACGCAGGGAAACGUACAAAUUCCUGUAACAUUUGUUAGAAUUUCCUCAUAGAGUUCUUGAAUACGAAAUCGUUAAAACAUUAGGAAGAAAACUCUUCAUUAUUCUCUGUUAUAAAUAUAUGAGAGAUUUUCCUGCGAAAUUUCAGGUGAAAUGUUAGCUUACCGAGCCAGCUCAGCUGUUGAGAACACGCAAAUUCGUCAACGAGCCUGGUAACAAUUCUUCUGUGCAACUCAGUUUUUGAACAUCCGGGAAAACGAUCAAAACUUUGGGGUUGUUAUUCCUACUUUUAAAAAUAUUACUUCGAAAAUUUCCGGCACUUUAAAAGAAGGACUUCACUGUCUGUCAAGAAUGUUUAAAUGUUUACAUAAAAAAGUCUGCAAUUGAAUAUUCAACUUUCUGAAGAAGUGUAGAAUGAGCAUCAGUAAAAAUACACAGAAAUAAAAAAAAUGAAAAAAAAACUUCCUGGAGCGUAGUUUAGUAUAAUAAACGCUUGAUUUUCUACAAUUUUCCUUCAAUAUGUUUUAAGGGCCCAUAUAGCCGAGGCGGUAAACGCACGGGUAUUCAGCAUGACCAUGCUGAGGGUGACGGGUUCGAUUCCCGGUCGGUCCAGGAUCUUUUCGUAAAGGAAAUUUCCUUGACUUCCUUGGGCAUAGAGUAUCUUCGUGCCUGCCACACGAUAUACACAUGCAAAAUGGUCAUUGGCAGAGGAAGCUCUCAGUUAAUAACUGUGGAAGUGCUCAUAGAACACUAAGCUGAGAAGCAGGCUUUGUCCCAGUGAGGACGUUACGCCAAGAAGAAGAAGAAGAAGAUGUUUUAAAAAAGUUUUCAAAACGAUUCCCCAGCUGGAACAGUUUAGUGAUAUUCACGGUGCCAGGCAACGACAAAAUGCUGCUUCGAUUUGGAGCACAUAAUCUUUUAAUACAGGGAUAGAUGUUAAACGGUGAGUUCUUUCCAAAUUAUAAAAAUAAUUUGGCUGUUUUGAUUAUCGGCAACGCAGUCUUUUUAAUUUGUAAAACGAGUUUUAUUAUUUAACCCGACGUUUCGGCGCAGGUAUGGCGCCUUCUUCAGGGGAAAAAUAAAAGUAUUCGUUUUUAGUUUGGGGUUAUGGCGAACUGUAACUGUCAAGGUUUUAUAAUGUUGGUACAUCCCAAGUAACAAUUAUACUUUUGUGGCAAUCCUGAAGUAAUUUCUGAGAUAGAAUAAUAAAACUUAGCAAUAAAGCUCUUUGUUCUGCAAAUCUGAGAUAAAAUAGGUAUAAAACAUCCAUAGGACGAAUCUGGCCCACUCUUCAGGAGAUCUUCAAAGCUUUUUUUGAAGACUGCUUUGAAACUAGUUGUAUUUAUGUACAUGCGCUGAUGAUUGAUGAUAAGAACUUCAUGAAACUAUAACAAGAAUAUCUUGAGGCAUGUUGAUCUUUUAGCUGUCUUUCUCAAAAGUGUCAACAGUGCAUAAUAAAUGAAAUCUUUUACCUAAGCAUUAUGCAGAUGCAAACUAGUUUUGUUUCAUGGAUGAAAUAAUAAUUAAACUGCGAAUUAAUUUUCAUCAAAGUGAAAUGGCUAAAACAGUUAAAUUGCCUGACAGAUCAUUGAUGACAGGGAAUCGAAAUUUUCCGUGCCAUACCCACUUUUUCGUUGAUAUGCCACCCAAAACAAACGAAAAUUACAACGCGCCUCAAAAAUAAUAUCAAUCGUUAAUAUACGAAGACAUAAAUUUCCUUUAAAAACAAAAGGCUACGCCACUUUUUCAAUUCCUUCUAAGCAUGGCUGCCGUUCCAAGCGAACAAAACUCAUGCAGCCGCCAUCAAUUGUUAUUACCUUUAAUUCAAACCCCCUCAAAACAAUGAUGGAACCAAGUCACCUUGCAUGAACGCUACAGCCUUUAUUGAAGAUUGUUUUUACUAGUUAUGAUCUUAAGGCAGAUUUGUUCGUCUUAAGUGAAACUUAUUCGUUUUAUACAAGAGUAACAGCCUUUGACAAUUGUUUGUUUACGUUUUCGAUGCUAGAAAGUUGUCUCUGUACAUUUCGUGGUGUUUCGCGUCAAGAUGUGCCAAUUCUAUUUUGUUUCCCUCUAUUUUUGCUAUUAAUAAUGAAGUGCAACUUACUACAAUUACACUAUUUGGCAUGAGCUUGAGCAGAGUCACAGUAAGUACCCAUUUCAUUCUCGAUUCGCAUAGCUAUGGCCUGUGUGAGAAACUGGUUGAAGGCAGGACGACAGCAGCCAGCUACUCGCAUUUUUGAUUGGCCGUAAAAUCAUUAUUUCGUUGACAUGAUUACUUUUUAGCACAAGAAUGGCAAAAUUAUCAGUGAGCAAACAUGUUUAUGUGUUUAUAUUUGCAUGAGAACGCGGUUUUUCAACCAAUUUCUUACAUUCAUUAUUUGGAUUGAACAUUAUUUCGCAUAGUUCUUGUUCCAGAGUAAUGGCUCUAGUUCGUCGUCUUAUCAUAAUUUCGCAUAGUUCUUGUUCCAGAGUAAUGGCUCUAGCUCAAGAAUAGAUGGCUUCAAGAAGCUUUUAAAAGAGGAUUAGCCAGAUGAAAUCCACUUGAAUAAACGAAGCAUAAACUUUUAAUAAAAUAUGUUGAUGUUAUGUGUUGAAAAUAACUUCAAAUACACCUUAAAACUUAUUAUAAGAUUUAAUGCUCAUGUAAAUUCAGUUGUUUUAUGCGCGAAUUUCAAAAUUAACUUGAAGACAACUUAAAAACCGCAAACGAACGAAGUUUGUUUUCUCUUGAUAAAAACAACUAUAAAUGUUCCAUGAAUUGGUCAUGCUGUGAUAAAGCUUCCAUAAAAAUAAUCAAAUCUAAAAGGAAUUGAAAUUGUUACUUGGGAUGACUAACUGCGGUGAAAAACUAAAAUUUAAAAUUGGUUUCUAUACUAUUUUUGCGCGCUUUUAGUCUUCUGUUGGUUUAGUGAGGUCCAGCUCUUGGCAGCUGCAUCUUUCCCUUAAUAGAUUCUGCAUAAUUAAACAAGCAUUGGAACAGAAUAUCUCCGCGGGGAGUAGCGAAUUAUAUUAACAGCCUUUUGUGGCGAUUGAGUUCGUUAGUGUUCUUUAUCAAAAAUUCAUACUUUUUUUCAUCUGCAGCUACUGAGUCCUCUAACAAGAUACAAUUAAUUAAAUAAUUCUUUGAAAGCUAGUUAGCUCGAUAUACUAUAACCCAUAAAAGACAUGUUCGAAAAUUGAGUUUCUGCCAGCUUUUCUCAAAAUUUGACCUCUGUGCCGUAGGACAAAACCGAGCACUACAAACGAGUUCGAAACCUACGUUGUUCUGGCAGCAGCGUUUAAACAGUCUGGUUCCAACAGGCUAAGAGAGAAUGGAUUUUUUUUUAAAUCGAUUCGUUCAAUGUGGGAUAUGAAAAAAAUGUAAUUAGUAAAUAACUCCGUAAUCUAUGAUAAUCUGAUUAUUGAAAUGUUUCAUGAAAUUGCGAAUGAAAUAAUCAAAGAUUGCCUUGGAAAUAGCACCAAAAUAUUUUUCCAGGAUAAGCGUCAUAAUUUUGAAAAUUUUAAUUUUCUAUUUUUUUAAAUAACACAAGUUUACAAAAUAAAACGAAAGUCGUGAACUUCUGUCAACGACCAAAAUUUUUGAAGCACAAUUUAGUGCUGAAACCGACCUUCAAAAAAUUUUAAGUAGAACAGUUUUUGAGUUAAAGCUCAAUAUCGAGUUUUGCAACUUUUCAAAAUAUGUAAUUUACUAAAAUUCAAAUAUAUUGCGUUUUGUUCAACCAAUUUUAAAUCUAUUUCCAUAAAUUAAAAGCUGAAUACAAUACCAUUUGAUCAUCUGAAUACAGGUCUUACGUCAGAUUAAUGAAAUUCAAGAUAUUCGCGAGUGUUAGAGACGAUCUUUUUAAAUUUAAGCAAAAUUCCCAAAAAUUUUUGAAAAAAUGUUUUUUUUUUAAUAAGAAAAAACCAACUUAAAAAUUCUUUCUCGACGUUUAUUUGACAUAUUAUAUGUAGGCAAGUUACAGUAAAAAUUUCAGCUCAAUCGGAGCAUUGAUUACGGAUAAUGAGAUGUUUGAAGUGAGCGACUUUGCUUAAAAAUAGAACAAAAAUCGAUUUCAAAUCAUCAACCUUGUAUGGAAAGUCGAAAAAAUUUCCGCUCUGCUGUAAUUUUUUUCUUUCGCGUUUUCGAACUCAGGGCAUGAUUCUACACCAAAAAUGAUCAUCAGCUUACCGAGUUCAAAAAUGCUGUAAACUAGUGUAAACGAUUGGUAGAAAACUCCCAGUCUUUAAGAAAGCAUUUUUCCUGAUUCAAAGAUUUUAAUUUUGAAAUGAAAACUCAGCAAUAGUUUUACUUGAAACCGCCUUUAUAAAUCUCAAUGGUAACCAAAACAUACAAUAAUUUAGAGCGAACUUGUUGAGAUAAUCUGAUAAAAAAAAGUGAUAGCAACUUGUGAUAAAUCAUUUCACCUUGUUCGGUCGAUCCGUCGUAACACACUCGAAAUCAUAAAUUUCAUCCCCGAAACAUACGUCGGUGAACCAUUUUCUAGCCGACUUUAAACCAAAAGAAAAAAAAAUACAACCUGCAGUGUAGUUUUUAAUUCAGUAACUAAACGAACAAACCGGAAUGGAGAAAUAACUAGCGAAAAAAAAGAUUAUGUGAACAACGUUGUGUUUUUAAUAAGUGCCUACAACGUCGAAAAACCCACCGACCCAUUUGGACACGAGGAACAUCCCGGCAGGGUUGUUCCUCAUCGCCCAAAUCGGUUGCCCGGUUUCUUGAAAUCUAAAAAAUCUACACGCAGAAUUGUGUUUUUGAAAAAACUGUGAGAUUGAUAAACGAUAAGUUAUUUGAAACUGUCCAACACACCGAAAAUAAGGAAUACUAAACAUAAUGGGUGAAAAGCUGCUGCUGUUCUGAUACAGUCGGAUCUCCGCAAACGGGAAAGUUUCUUGCGUUUCCUGCAUACGUUUACCGGGCAGUAUUGUGGGUGUUCUCGAAAGUAAUGGAAAACCGGUAAAACGACGACGGUUAGCAGGUUCUACUGAACGGAAAAUGUAACCACGUUGCGAUAGGAUAGGGUUCUAAAUCCAACCGAUUGGAAGUGUUUUUCGAAAGGAAAUUGACGACCUAGGAAUCAUAAUUCUUCUGAGUGGGAAUUGUGAAAAAGCACGUGUAGCUAUUUUAAGUCAAACUGUGAGACGAGGGAGAAUGGAAACCGCAAAAGAAAGAUGCGAUCAUAGUGGACAAUGUAGGCAGUAUUUGUAAAUCGGAAAACCAUUACUUAAAACCGUGGAUGAAUGAACAUUUGUAUUUGAAACUAAGGAAAUAAAACCUACAAAAAUUGUAAAACUAUUAACUAUUACUAUAAAAAGGAUACAUAGCAUAAAACUAUUACUAUACUAUUAGUUUAUAUUACUAAAACAAAGAAAAUGCAUGGAAUAAAAGUAAUUGUUUACAUUUCAAUGAAAACACAAAA